AUGCACAGAGGAGGGAUAUGCACGUCUGGGAGUGUGGAGACGUGGCAUUUCGUCUGGUGUGCGGGGGGGCAGGACAAGGCCAACGACGCCACCAUGGAGCAGGCUCGUGUCAGUGAGCCUGCACCGCACACACACGCGAGCCUUUCUCUCAUUUGUCGUGUGUGUGUGGUGUCUGUUUGUGUGCAUCAAGCCUGCUACACCCAUCCCAAGGACUGCCGCGAGUGCGCCGCCCAAUUCUGGGACGAAAAUGGCUACUUGGAGGAGACGUCAACUCUCGCAUUCCUGCACACACACACACACACUGAAAGAGACAGAUGCGCGCAUUACCAUACCAUGUGUGUGAGAGAUGCAUACCUCGUGUGAGUAUGCAGGGAAUGGGUUGUUUGGGUUUGACGAGGACCUCGUAGAGGACGCCGUGGCGGCAGAGAAGGGGGUGCGGACGAUGGGCAUCUUCACUGACAGACAGACACAGACACAGCAGAGUAGCCCCCACACACCCACAGACAGACCGGGGGAAAGGGACGUCGCGUCCGGCAACUGGCAGACGCACAGACACAUCAUCUCUGUCCGUGGCAUUGUGUGCAGGGCAUACUCAGGAUGUGUGAAGACAACAAGGCGUCGCUCAAGUAAGCGACCAUCAAUGCAUCGAUGUCGAUGCCUACUGCAGACGCCGGCACAUGAUCUUUGUCUGCGCAGGGCCAAGUCCAAGAUGCGCGGCUUCCACCCGGUGGAGAGAUCCGUGAGAGUCGAAGGUAGGCUAGGGACCUCGAUCACAUCACGCUAAGUGUUCAGACACGUGUGUACCAAUGCCUGUGUUGUGUUCUUUUGCGAUGCAACGAUCGGGGCUACAGAGGGCCAGGCGCUGCUUCUUGUGGAAACAACCGAGAAAGUGGUGAGUUGUGAGGAUCUCCGGCUUACGGCUUGCUUCACCCACGCGAAAGACUGCCGUGAAUGUGCCCAGUACUGGGUAGUACCUUUUCCAGCCAGCCUGCCUGCCUGCACAAACACACAGGAAGAGGGAAGAACAUCUGUGUGUGUGUGUGCUCCAGGCAACGGCCUGUUCGGCUACGACGCGGACCUGGUAGAAGAUGCCGUGGCCGCUGAAAAGGAGGUGCGCACGAUGAGCAUCAUGGGCAGGGGCACACACUCGUAUCUCUAUCUAUCCCUCCAUCCAUCCGUGUGCAUGACUGUCUAUGUGAGUGCAUGCAUGCCCCUAUCAAUAGAAACCGGCAGUGCAGACACACACACACAUUUCCAAACACCCAUUCUCCCUCUCUCUCUCUCUCUCUGUGUGUGUCUCGCUCUGCGCACUGCAGCAACGGUCAGAUCGCUUUGGGGCGUACAUGCGCGUCCGUAACGGCAAGAUUGGGUAUAUGAUCGAGGUCAGCGCAUUGACAUAUUGCGACACAUACACAUUGUGUGUGCUGACAGGUCAAUGAUCCGAACCCGCAGACGUACACCAAGGAAAAGGAGCAGGUACAGAAACACACACACACAUCCACGCACUGCUUUCUCUGUCAACGAUUCAUGUGUGUGCGCUAAUGGUGUGUGCAGACCUCCGACCUCUUCAAGACCCAGAUAGCCGCGUUCGUCGAGAAGGAUAAGUGCGAGCAGCUGGACCAGGUGGUAUGUGCGUGAGUACACAUACGAGGAACACACAGCUCUCUGUGUGUGUGUCUAUACGUCAGCUGUCGGCCGAUUUCGAAGGCAACGCCUUCUGA